UGCACUCUCCGCCCAGAAGACGGAAAAUCUAGCCUCACGGAGCACACUCCCACGUUAAAGAUAAGGUUUUUGCAAAAACCCAGAAUUUCUUUUUCUUCAAGUCUCAUAUUUCAUUCAAAAAAGUAGCGAAGGGAUUUAUUCAUUUGAUUUUGGGGAUAGUGAAAAGAGUGUGCGUUUGUUAUCUGGGAUGAGCAUUGAAGCAAAACGAAGGGUGAAAGGAAAAAGGGUUUUUUUUUUCUGUGUAGUUGUUUUGUGAUUGCAUCUGCAUGAGUUGGGCAAGACUCAGCUGGUUCUUCAAGUUUGGGAGCUUGAAGUUUUACAAGCAGAAGCAACUAUGGCUAUUGCUACGGCCACCCUCUCUCUUCAUUUUGGCAAAUUCUCCAUUCUUCAAGCUCAUUCGUCGUCGCCGAAGCCUUCCUCUCGAAUACGCCAUUGCUUCCCUUCUUGCCGAUGGUUGAACCUUAAUUAUUACCCUUAUGCCUCUCACAGUUACAGACUUGCUUGUUUUGGUUCCAAAUGUUCAAUAAUAGAUACUGGUAUCCGUUUGGAUCAUGUUACGAAGGAUGAGGAUCAGGGUAAUGGAGGGUCUUUGGUGGUUGAACCUGAGUGCCCGGUGCCAAUUGUUAAACUGAAAUCUGAUAUUCUCGAGACUGAGUCUUUGAACCUACUAACCGAAGCCACAUUUGUAGAUACUCUCUUGACAGCAUUACCUGUUUUGUCCGAAGAGGAGCAACAUGCCCUUGCAGCUACUCCAGCCCACCCAGCUGGGUUACAUGUUUUCUAUGGUAGUUGCAUAGCUGCUAAUAUAGUGGAGCAGCUUUGGAAUUUUGCUUGGCCUUCUGCCAUUGCCUUGAUUCAUCCAAGCCUUUUGCCAGUUGCUGUGAUGGGUUUCUUCACCAAAGUGGCUAUAAUUGUUGGUGGUCCCUUGGUUGGCAAAGUUAUGGACCAUUUCCCCAGAGUACCUGCAUAUAAUUGCUUAACUAUCAUUCAGGCAACUGCCCAGUUGUUAUCUGCAGCAAUGAUUAUUCAUGCACAUUCUGUGCGUCCUACUUCAGUGUCUGCUUUGCUUGUACGUCCAUGGUUUGUCAUAUUGGUUUCAGCUGGGGCUAUUGAGAGGCUAUGUGGUGUAGCUUUGGGGGUUGCAAAUGAGCGUGACUGGGUUGUGUUGCUGGCAGGAGUGAAUAGGCCGAUUGCACUUGCGCAGGCAAAUGCAGUUCUGAAUCGAAUUGAUCUCCUGUGUGAGAUAGUUGGGGCAUUGCUCUUUGGAGUCCUUCUUUCUAAAUUUCAUCCUGUAACCUGCUUGAAAUUCGCUUCUGGCUUAAUGAUGGGGUUUCUGCCUGUUACAAUUGUUUUCACUUGUUUAGCCAACAAGCUUUCUACUGGUGUUCUUGACCGGCCUAAACCUUCACAAACCUGUUGUAGAACAUUCAGUGAAGAUUCUGUACCAGAUGCUGAUAGUAUCGUGCUAAAAGGUCUGGAAGCCAUCAAGCUUGGCUGGAAGGAGUAUCUCGGGCAGCCAGUUCUUCCUGCUAGUCUUGCAUGGGUGCUUCUCUACUUCAAUGUUGUUCUUACACCAGGCAGUUUGAUGACAGCAUUUUUAACACAGCAUGGCUUACAUCCAUCUAUCAUUGGAGGAUUCAGCGGAAUGUGUGCUUUAAUGGGUGUUGCAGCAACAUUUGUGUCGUCAACUCUGGUCAAGCAAUUUGGCAUUUUAAAGGCUGGGGCAGUUGGUUUGGUGUUUCAAGCUUUACUUCUCAGCAUGGCUGUUGCUGUAUAUUGGAGUGGAUCAAUUUCUCAUCAGAGCCCUCUUCUUAUUUUCUUGUUUCUGAUUAUUAUGUCGCGGUUAGGACACAUGUCAUAUGAUGUUGUAGGGGCUCAGAUUAUCCAAACCGGGAUCCCAUCAUCUAAAGCGAAUCUCAUUGGGACGACAGAGGUUGCUGUUGCUAGUUUGGCAGAGUCUGUAAUGCUGGGUGUUGCAAUAAUUGCAAAUGAUCCCUCUCAUUUUGGAUGUUUGGCAAUGUUGUCUCUUCUAUCAGUGGUUGGUGCAGCAUGGAUGUUCUGUAGAUGGUUAUUGAAUCCAACAGAUGAACAAAAAAGCCUUUUUUCUUAUGAUCCUCAGUUUUGAUAUUUAUUUGUUCCAUUAGCUGCUUUAGUGCAAAGGCUGUUCGAUGUGGACAAGAACCAAUAUAUAUUGAAAAAAACUAUCAUCGUGGGGGUGAUUAUCCACUUAAUACAGGAGCCUGAGGCGCUUUCUUUUCUUAUCACCUCAUCAAUGAUAUUCAUUGUAUGGACGAAUAGAUGGCUUUACCUGUAAUCAUGUAAAUGUGUAACACGCCUUCGUUACCUUACAAAAUUGAACUAGCUAGGUGUCUAGGUCCGACACGUACAAACUUUUUGUAAAGCAUUUUAUUGAUUUUUGAA